AAAUAACAUAAAAUAAAACAAGAUAAAGACUGAGGCUAUAUCAGAGCAGCGAUGCCAUUAGUCAAUAUGGUGGAGGCCCGGCUUCGAAGGGCGGCUGAGGAGGAGGGGAGGGAGCCCCGGCCACCUCCACCGCCUCCAUCUCACCGCUCCAACCACCAGUUUGCCAGCAUGAAGAGCAAGUUCUUCAACGAGCUCACACACCUGCCAAUGCCCAUGUGGGCUGUUGGUGCCAUCGUCGUUGUGGUCCUUGCCCUUGUCGGCUGCCUUGUUUUCUGCAUCUAUAAGAAAUGUUUCAAUAAGGGAAAGAAGCAGAAGAAAUCCAGAGAGAGAAAAGGAGGAGGAGGGAGGGGUCGCAGAAAGAAGGAUAAGGACGGAGAGGACGGGGAGGAGAAAAAGGAUGGAGAUGAAGAGAAAGAAGAGGAGAAGGAGAGUUUUGGCAAACUGGAAUACACGUUGGAUUAUAAUUUUACUGAUAAUCAGUUGAUAGUGGGAAUCCUUCAAGCUCAGGACCUCCCAGCUAUGGACAUGGGUGGAACCUCCGACCCUUACGUUAAAGUCUACAUGCUCCCAGAUAAGAAAAAGAAGUUUGAGACUAAAGUUCAACGCAAGAACUUAUGCCCUGUCUUUAAUGAGACGUUUACCUUUAAGAUCCCCUACAGCGAGCUGGGUGGUCAAACUCUGGUGUUGCAAGUUUUCGAUUUUGACCGCUUUGGAAAGCAUGAUGUAAUUGGUGAAAUUAAGAUCCCAAUGAACAGCAUAGACCUUGGACAACCAAUACAUGAAUGGAAAGAUCUAGUUGGUGGAGAAAAAGAAGAGCAAGAGAAGCUAGGUGAUAUCUGCAUUUCCCUUCGCUAUGUCCCAACGGCUGGUAAACUAACGGUUAACAUCAUGGAAGCAAAGAACCUGAAAAAAAUGGACGUCGGAGGACUGUCAGAUCCCUUCGUCAAGGUGGUUCUUCAACACAACGGCAAGAGACUCAAGAAAAAGAAGACAUCGGUGAAGCAGAACACUCUUAAUCCUUACUUCAACGAGAGCUUUAGCUUUGAGAUUCCCUUCUCUCAAAUUCAGAAAAUCCAGGUGCUGAUCACGGUGUACGACUACGACAAACUGGGCAGCAACGAUCCCAUCGGGAAGUGCUGGAUCGGCUAUGGUGCCUCAGGCGUCGGGUUGCGUCACUGGUCAGACAUGCUGGCCAAUCCCAGACGUCCUGUGGCCCAGUGGCACACACUGCUGCCCGAGGAAGAGGUGGAUGCUGCCCUGAAAGCCCCCAUCCGUUAA